AUAAAUAUUUUUAUUAUUUAUAUUUUAUUUAUCAAAUAUUUUUUAAUAAAAAUGGAAAAUAAAAACAAAUUUAUUUCUCCUUUCUAUCGACCGUGGAUGAUUACGUACGGUGCUGCUGCACCGGCCGGUGGAUCCAACAAAGGCAUGAAAGGGAUCGUUGCCGGUGGAAUCACUGGUGGAAUUGAAAUUUGUAUUACUUAUCCUACAGAAUAUGUAAAAACACAAAUGCAACUUGAUGAAAAAGUUGGUGCUAAAAAAUAUAAUGGUAUAAUGGACUGUAUUAAGAAGACUGUAAAAGGCCAUGGCGUAUUUGGUCUUUAUCGUGGACUUAGUGUAUUGCUUUAUGGAUCUAUUCCUAAAUCCGCUGUUAGGUUUGGAGCAUUUGAAGCUUUAAGCACUCAAGUUACAGGAGGCAAAGGAGAAUUGACAGCUACUCAAAGAGUAUUGUGUGGUCUUGGUGCUGGUGUCUCUGAAGCCAUACUUGCAGUCACUCCAAUGGAAACCGUGAAAGUGAAAUUUAUUAAUGAUCAACGACUAGAAAAGCCUAGGUUCAAAGGUUUUUUCCAUGGUACCAGUAUUAUCAUCAAAGAACAAGGCAUUAGUGGUGUUUAUCAAGGGUUAAUGCCAACUAUAUUAAAACAAGGAUCUAAUCAAGCAAUACGAUUUUAUGUAAUGGGCGCAUUAAAAAAUCUCUAUAAGGGUGAUGAUCCCAACAAACCGGUACCUAAAUUAUUAGUUGGAAUUUUCGGUAUGGCCGCUGGUGCUGCUAGUGUUUAUGGAAACACACCAUUAGAUGUUGUUAAGACACGUAUGCAAGGAUUGGAAGCUAAAAAAUAUAAAAACACAUUUGACUGCAUGGUUAAAAUAUGGAAAAAUGAAGGGCCUUCAGCGUUUUACAAAGGAACUGUUCCUCGACUGAGCAGAGUGUGUUUGGAUGUAGGUAUAACUUUCAUGAUUUAUGAUUCCUUUAUGGAUCUAUUUAAUAAAGUAUGGCCUUGAAUUAAUAAUAACAAUGUAUAAAAAAAAAUCUAUAUAAAAUUAUGUUUGUAAU